AUGGAGCAUCGCGAGGUGCGUUUAUUGAGUGGACGUUAUGAUCUGACAACUACGGGCCACAAAUUUUUGGAAAUUGGAAUCAACGUUGGUCCACCGAGUUACGUGGAGAUCGCCCUGAGAGAUCAUCGCGGACAUGAACUGCCACUGUCUCUCGAAACGUGGAACGAAAAAAGGAAGAUAGAAGAAGACGGCAACGCACGAGAGAAAGAUGGUAAAUAUCUGAUAGAGCGCACGGCAGCGGCGACCCGAAACGCACUUUGGGGUGGACGCGGGGUCCGCAACGGCGGCGGUGACAGCGGUGGCGGCAGCGUCUGCGGCGAUGGAGUGUGGGGUGGCGGCGGUGGCGGCGGUCCCCAAUGA